CGUCUCCGCAGGCCCCGCGCGCCUCCCGCCCGCGGCCGCCGCCGCCAUGAGCUCGUGCAGCAGCCGCGCGCUGACCUUGCUGAGCAGCGUGUUCGGCGCCUGCGGCCUCCUCCUGGUUGGCAUCGCGGUCAGCACCGACUACUGGCUCUACAUGGAGGAGGGCACAGUGUUGCCCCAGAAUCAGAGCACCGAGGUCAAGAUGGCGCUGCACGCUGGCCUCUGGAGGGUCUGCUUCUUUGCAGGCCGGGAGAAGGGUCGCUGCGUGGCCUCGGAAUAUUUCCUCGAGCCCGAGAUUAACCUGGUGACCGAGAACACCGAGAACAUCCUGAAGACUGUCCGCACCGCCACCCCCUUCCCCAUGGUGAGUCUUUUCCUGGUCUUCACGGCUUUCGUCAUCAGCAACAUUGGCCACAUCCGCCCUCAGAGGACCAUACUGGCUUUCGUGUCCGGCAUCUUCUUCAUCCUCUCCGGCCUCUCUCUCGUGGUGGGCCUAGUCCUCUAUAUCUCCAGCAUCAAUGACGAGGUCAUGAAUCGGCCCAGCGGUUCGGAGCAGUACUUCCACUAUCGCUACGGCUGGUCCUUUGCCUUUGCGGCCUCCUCCUUCCUGCUGAAAGAGGGGGCCGGCGUGAUGUCCGUCUAUCUGUUCACCAAACGCUAUGCGGAGGAAGAGAUGUACCGGCCUCACCCGGCCUUCUACAGGCCCAGGCUCAGCGACUGCUCCGAUUACUCGGGCCAGUUCCUCCAGCCCGAGGCCUGGCGUCGGGGCCGCAGCCCCUCGGACAUCUCCAGCGACGUCUCGAUCCAGAUGACACAGAACUACCCUCCCGCCAUCAAGUACCCGGACCACAUGCACAUCUCCACCUCGCCCUGCUGAGGGGCUGCGCCGCGCGCCCCCCCCCCCGCCCCCGCCCCUUCUCCUCCACUUUCCCGAGACCCUCCCUUCUACUCCCCGCUUGGGCCCCGUCCUUUCUCCUCAGCCUUUCCCCUUCUUCCCAGUUCCUUGCCCUUCUCCGAAGCCCGUCCCCUUUGGUCCUUUUCCUUCCCUUAGUCUCCUCCCCUUCUCAAGUCCCCCCUCCUCCGCUCCCGCGACCCCCCCCCCCAUCCCGUUUCUUGGGUAUCUUCAAUGUCAGGCAGCUCCUCAUAGAACCAGACUGCGGGCCAUCUUCAAGCCUAAGGGUCUUUUCUCCCCCAACGCUCUGACCCUCAUUUUUCCCGGGUCCAUCCAGCUAUAGGCACUUCUUCCCCGGCGGCCCCUCCCCUUCCCCCCCCCCCCCUACCCACUCAGGAGUUGGGAGGGGCGGGUUGCUAACCUUGACCUUCUCAUUCCCCUUGACCCUGGGCCACCUGGCCCCCCUUCUCCCCCCCCCCAGGUCUGUCCCUCCCUUAUGUUACUGGAAUCUUUGUCUCUCUUUUUCUUCCACCUUUCUUUCUCUUCCACACCAGAGGCCCCCCUGGGAUGGGGAGAGAAGGAGGCCGCCAGGCUGACCCCGACGCCUGGGUCCCCUCCCUCCUCGCUCCUCUCCCCCAAGGCAGGGGCAGUAGCGGGGCCGAAUGGCCCCCCAAACCUCCGAGUCUUCCGCCUCUGCCUCCUCGGCACCUCCGCCCCUGCUCCGUGCUGGGCUCCAGACGUCAGCCCCUCUUCGGGGGUCUGCGCUCUGGGGCCGCCGGGGUGGGGGCAGGGGCCCGGAGGGGGCAAAGUUAUGUACUAUGAACCAGACGGCCCCCGG